AUUACAAGUACGUACCAGUACACACCAUGCACAAACGCGAACGUUUCGUAAAACCACACCACUUCGCUCAGAGUUCACCGUACCACUUCAGCAGAACGUGAGUCCUCCGAUCCAGCGCAGAGAACCGCAUAAAUGCUGAGUCACAUCGGAUGGUAUUCUUGUGUUUAGAUCCAAUCUUGUAUUAGUUGUGAUGGUCGAGUCAUGGUCGAGUCGACACCUCAAAUUACUGCCUACUGGUCACUGGUGUGAGGUAUAUUUCAAGCUGAAAUAAACACAAGACCACAGGAGUUGUACAGUGCUGAGUUUACUUGCCUGACGCUACGACCAGUCGAGGGCCUGUCCAGUGUGAAAUCUGAGUCCUGUUGUUUCAGUAAUUCUCUCUCAGAUCUCAACAUAAGUUCAGCUGUCUGUUCGCAUCGAAGAAUUGUUACCUCCAGAAGGGAGAGAAACCAGUCCAGGGCCUGCAGUCCAGUUACAAAUCCAAGACCUGCUGUUUUGGUAGUUCUGUCUCAGCUUUCAACAUAGACCCAGCCUUCAACCUCAAAGAAGUAUUAACAGAAGUGAGAGCAAAAACAGACACAAUGGCAUCUUCUCAGAAGCAGCUCUCCUGCGUUCCACUUCCACUGGACCCAGAGGUCUUGACCGAACUCCGGGAUUCCUCUAAAGACUGGGCGCUAACGCACGGCCUCGUGGUCAUGUACAUGUCACCCGAGCAGGAGUGUUGUCCCGAUCGCAUCACGUACGUCCCGCACACUCUGCUGCCCUCGCCUGUCCCGAGGGAACUGUUUGAGAAGGUGGUCAGAAUUCAGACGCACAUCAAUCUGCUGAUGCACAAAGUCGCUGAGGACCGAGAGUUUCUGACAUCAUCUUUGAAAAGUACAAUACAAACGGAUGACUUCACCCGCAAAUUGUUUGAAAUCUAUGAAGAUGUGCACAAGGACGGAUUUACAAAGCCUAUAAAGUUAACCCUUCUCCGAUCAGACUACAUGAUCGACACACAAGGCGGGCAGCAGUCCAUGAAGCAGAUAGAAACCAACACGAUGGCUUCAAGCUUUGGGGGCUUGGCAGCCAAUGUAACACAUCUGCACAAAUAUACACUGGGUCUGCAUUCGUGUCCCAUUGACAUUGAGUCGCACAUCCCUGAGAAUGCCUCGCUGCAAGGUUUGGCCGAUGGUAUGGUGACGGCGUGGCAGCACUAUGGGAACAAAGAUGCUGUCGUGUGCUACAUGGUGUGUUGCCCGGAGCAGAACAUCUUCGAUCAACGCCUUUUGGAGUUCACCAUGAAAAAGCAGGAGUCAUGCAUACGAGUUAUCCGACGAUCGCUGUCUGACAUGGGCAAGAGGGGGCGGCUUUCGGACGACAGACGUUUAAUCUUAGACGACAUGGAAGUGGCUGUUGUAUAUUACAGAGUCGGCUACGUGCCCUCACAUUUUUGUUGUGGGGAAAGGGCGUGGGAUGCUAAGAUCUUAGUGGAGAAGUCUUUAGCGGUGACAUGUCCAUCCAUAGACUGGCACCUCGCCGGCUCCAAGAAGAUCCAACAGGAGCUGUCCAGGCCGGGGGUGUUGGAGAAGUUCUUGGACGACCCCGAGGUCAUCAGAGACAUCAGGGCGACAUUCGCUGGGCAGUACCCCCUGGAGCUGACAAAGGAAGGGGAUGAAGCAGCUGCUAUGGGAAUCAAGAACCCCGAACGAUACGUCUUAAAACCUCAGAGAGAAGGUGGAGGUAAUAACUUCUUUGAUGAAGAGGUGAGGGAAAAGUUAACAGAGCUCGAAGGCAAAGAAGAACGCGGAGCUUACAUACUGAUGGAACGUAUUCAACCACUCGUCAUUAAGAACUACAAGGUACGAGGGAACCAACCAGCCCAGCUAGAAGAAAUGGUCAGCGAGCUGGGUAUCUAUGGAAUAUUUGUCAGCAAAAACGGCAAAGAGGUUCACAAUACCACGGCGGGUCACCUUCUGAGGACGAAAGACCACAAGACGAACGAGGGCGGGCUAACAGUCGGAGCAUCUGUCAUGGACAGCCCUUGUCUUAUGUGAAGACAAGAUUGUUUGAGGAUCAACAUAAAAGUUUUGUAAGGUUGGACGUUUAUCUCGUGCAUACAACUUGACCAAUUGACGGAUUUGAGAGAAUUAUGACGAUUUUUAAAGACUUUUUAAAAGCAAUUACAUAUGAAGAAUAGGUGGACGGCUUUGGUAUCCUUUGGAAAUUCUCAGAAUAUUAGGACAUAUUUUUAUAUUGUGUAUUAAAGUUGGUGGAUGGUUUUGAUUAUGUUAAAAUAUUUUUGCUUCCGAUAUGAAUAAAUCCUGAUCUACUUUUCUAGUACGGAGGAUACUUCGGAGGAUCGAUCAAUCAAUCAUAAAUAAAUAAUUUAUAAAACGCCUAAAUUAGUCGUGGCCGGGCGGAUAAUAGAACUUAACUCAAACUCUGGUGUUUCUGAUCAGCAGAGUGUGGGUUAAAGUCCUGGUCGAGACACUUGACCGUUAUCGCUGCAUCCUUUGGAUGGGAUGUAAAGCCAAAGGUCCUGGGUUGGAUUUCACAAAGAGUUAAAGGCAGUGGACA